AUGGAGAGUUCCAUCGUAUCGUUACAAUAUGGUGACUUACAUCAAGACAAAGUUUUAUCUGCUGAAAAUUUGUUGACUUUGUUACUACAUUGGAAGCAAGAAUAUCUCCAAUUUUCUCAAAAGGAAGCACUCCAACGUGUUGAAAAAGACGCUAUUGCAAUUUACUUGGUUGUACACAAAUUUGCAAUGAGAAUGAAAUGUGUUACACAUGACUCACAGUGA